CUCCACCUCAAGACCCUCAAUUUCCUCCUCCCCCGAGAUCCGCAAGUACAGUGGCACCUCUCCUAAUUGUUUUAUUUUCAGGCAAAAAAAAAACAUAAUCUUAUGGGUGACAUAGCUCUUCAGGCGAACGUCCAAAGCACGUCGGAUUUCCCACCCCCAACUUUCAACUUCCCUCCACCCCAAAGGCAACAGACAGCGCCUGCUGUAAGCCCGCCCUCGAUCGAAGUCAAUGCUGCAGCGUAUGCAGCGAAUAGCGAAGUCAACAACCUGUACAGGUCAGACUCGGUGUCGCCUCCUCUAUCAUCGACGCCCCCGGCGCUUCCAGUAGCUGUACAACCACAACUUGCUAAUCCUUUACCUGCAUCCAACCAAGAUGAAGUUGGAACAUUCAACGGUGGCAGCUUCAGAAUCAGCCAUCGAGAUACCAAUUCGGUCCUAACGUUGCAAUUGGCCAUGGGAUGCCCAAUAGAGGCUAAGCCAGGUGUUAUGAUCGCAAUGUCCGGAAAUAUCUCACUGAGGGGAGGCGCGAAGUUCAGCUUCAUGAAGAUGCUUGCGGGGUCGAUGACGUUCUCCACAUAUACAGGCCCUGGAGAGCUGUUACUUGCUCCUCCGUUUUUGGGUGACAUAAUUGUCCUUCGUCUCAAUGGCGACGAAACCUGGAAAGUUGGCAAAGACGGUUUCCUAGCUGCAACAGCCGGUAUUGAGAAGGAUUACAAAUCUCAGGGGUUGACCAAGGCAGUAUUCUCUGGAGAAGGUUUUAUUAUCUACCACAUGUCUGGUGUUGGCCUUCUGUGGCUCCAGAGUUUUGGUGCCGUUAUUAGGAAAGAUAUUGCAGAAGGCGAGAGCUACCUGGUCGACAACGGCUACCUUGUUGCCUGGAAUUGCAAAUACAAAAUGACUCGUGCAGCUUCAGGCGGUAUGUGGUCGACGUAUAGCUCGGCCGAAGGGCUUGCAUGCAAAUUCGAAGGCCCAGGAACAGUAUAUCUCCAAACAAGAAAUAUUGGCGCAUUUGCAGCUCACAUCAGCACUAAAUAAUGAUUGACGAACAAUUGUCGGUGGGAUGGAGCGCAUGGAAUCGAAAUUCACGUAAAGAGCCAUGUUCUGCUCCAAUGGUAAAACUGACUUCUUUCUUUCCCCUUGUUGGCGUUUGGCACUGUUUGUAUGUUAGCGUGAACCCCAUCUUUCCCUUUUUUUGUCUGCACCAUAGCAGCACUAUUCGGUCUCUGCUUGGUUAUUGGGUCUGUCUUGAUUACAUAAAUUGAGGUGUGCCACAGUCCUUCCUCCAGACAGUUACAGUCCCUGUAUCACUUCAUUCUUUAACGAAGCCGUGAAUCCUAUGGCACCAUUGUCCGUGGGUUCUUCUACUAAAGCAUAUGUUCAAGAUUAGAAGAGAAGAUUAUGAAAAAGUCAUACAAAUCCAUAUACGUAUCAUGCCA